AUGAGGAUGCAGGCUUGAUAUUACAAGUACGGUUUAUUGGACGCAAAAUUCGUCACACACGCAAUAUGUAUGUGGAUGUAGUUUAACUGAAAGCAUGGUUAGAGAGACAAGAUACCUAUGGGUUGCUAAUCUGCCGGAUAAAGUCACAGAGGAACGUAUUUCGGAGCACUUCAAACGGUAUGGAAAGAUUCAAAGUGUAAAACUCCGCAAGGAGGCAGGAAAUCUAGGUGCCCUAGUGGCAUUCACAGACAUUAAAUCUGCGUCAAAGGCGCAUAAAACAGAAAAUGAAAUAGACAGUGUUAUCCUACAGACUGAAUACAGUGAGCCUACAGCAUCUGGGAUCGCCAUCACAAGUCGUACGGUUGAGCCGGAUCCUCCUGGUACUACGCGCACCAGCAGCACAAGUUAUACGCAGCCGCGGACGGUACCAGGUCGCUACACACCAAGCAGACCUGGAGAAGGGACCCAAGAUACCGAGCGACAGACAGAGUACUUCGCCAGUCGCCAGCCUUCGUCGACCGACUUUGAGACACGUCGCCAGGUUGAAUACAGUGAUGAUGACAGUACGCAGUCUCGUGGCAGGCCCAGAGAGAGGUUGCAGGGUAGCAGAACUGUAUAUACACAACAAACACAAAGGGACCAGCCAAAAAGUACUAUUGCAUAUCCAGCGCGGUACGAGUCACGCUCGUACGGCGAUCAAACCGGUGAUGACGACUCAGAAGUUUUUGAUCGACCGAAGCGAGUACCUCAAUCCCAAGUUUACACAAAGUCUCGAACUAGUCAGAAAUGGACAUCUUUUUCCCGGUCGCCGUCACAAAGUCAGAGUCGCUCAGCAUCAGAGUCGAGUAGUAGUUCAAGGUCGAGUUCAAGUUCAAGUAGUCGGUCAAGAUCACAUUCACAGUCACAGAGUCGCAGCAGUAGUAAAACGAAGCACCCUUCGUUGGUGAGAAAAGUGGAGAAACCACCAGGUGAAGAGAAGGAGGAAGGACAUUUAGGUAUCCUGAUACGAGGACUCCCCGUCAGAUCCACUGACACAAGUUUACGAGACGGUCUCUUUCACGAGUAUAAGAAGUUUGGCAAGGUGACAGCAGUGUCCAUCCAAGGCCAAGGUGGAGAGAGACGUGCGAUUGUCAGCUUUAAAAAGCACGACGAUGCGUCAAAGGCUUUCGAAGCUUCCCAGGGGAGGCGAUUCUUCGGGGCCCAGAUCCUCGUGGAGGAACACGAGGGCUUAGAACCCGAAGAUAGCGAAUUCCGUCCACCAGAGGCCGAGUUAGAUGAGUAUCAUCCGAAGGCCACACGGACAUUAUUUGUGGGAAACCUCGAAAAAGACGUCUCUACAACUGAUCUCAGGGGCAUAUUCAAAGAUUAUGGGGAGAUUAUUGAUAUUGAUAUAAAAAAGCAGGGGACCGUUUCUGCAUAUGCAUUUGUGCAGUACACAGACAUUGCCAGCGUUGUAAAGGCCCUUCAUAAAAUGGAUGGCGAAAAUAUUGGUGCUAACAAAAUCAAGGUAAAACUUGGCUUUGGCAAGAGUAUGCCCACGAACUGUGUGUGGAUAGACGGGGUGGCUGAUACCACCGAAAAACUUUUAUGUCGUCAAUUUGGGCGCCAUGGACAUGUCCAAUACUCUGUGAUCGAUCGGGUCAAAGGUCGUGCUCUGAUAUAUUAUGAUUCUGUGGAAUAUGCGCAAUACGCUGUCAAUGAAAUUCGUGGUCGUGUGAUGGCCGGUAAACGGUUGCAGGUGGAUUUUGCCAGUCGGGAUUGCCAGACCAACCUCUAUGAAAAGAUGGAACGCACAGGACAGUUGCGGCCGGGGGAACGACCAGACGAACGGCGGGGAACGUUUAGGGGCCAACAGUUUGAAGCUAACUUUGAAGAAAACACGCAACGCCAUGAAGGAACCACUGCAGUCACCCCCACAAAAAAUGCACGAGGUGGGUUCGAGCGAGGAUUCCAGCAGGGUCACUUCGAGCGAGGACGAGGAGGGACCUUCCGCAGUGGCUCAAGUCGGAGUUUCCGCGGUGGCCGUGGACGUGGCACAUUCUCGUUCAGUGACAGCACCUUCCCAGAAGAAUUCACGUCAGAGUCAAGGCGGCGCAGAACUUUCGACGAAUACAGCCAAGCAAGUGGGACGUCAUACGUGAAUGAUGACUCGUAUGAACAAGAACUCCGGGAGUACGGCUUCAGUCAACAACGCCGAGAGUUCGAUAGUCCUAGCCCUACCAGGGAACGGCGGUUAGAUUCGCGGGAUUCGAGUCCAACAUCUACUUUCACUGUGCGGCGAUCAUCGACGCACGAAAGACAAGUGGACAGUUAUGACGAAAGAUACUCGGACCGUUAUUCAACACGAUUCAAGGAUACCGAUAGCCAAUCAGGUGAUGUGGAUAGUGUACGCAGUGAAACGCGGCGAGAAUAUCGUGAUAGGUACAUUUACGAUGAAAAAUUCCAAAAGGGAGUCAAGGAGCGAAAGACAAGUAAGGAUACGCGUAGUUACUCUCCCGCUAGUAGUGAUUAUAGUCAAAGUGUUAGUUCGCAUGGUGGAUAUCACAGUCGCAGUGCGAGUCCCAGUGAAAAGCGCCAACGCCGGCGACAACGGACGCCCGUUCCUAACUCGCCGGAGGAUACUGGUGAUUUCACACAACCUUUUGGAAGUACUCGGUUAUCGUCAACUCAAGACUUAGACGAUUUCACAAAGAUUCGUGACAAAAAGAAAAAAUACGACAUUGAUAGUGACAAGGGGAAAUAUCUGGAAAGUCUACGCACAAAGACGGUGAUUAAAACGCGCGAUGGUUCUGGUGAAUAUCUGCGGAGUAAGAAAGUGAACUAUGACUCUGAUUCGUCAAAUUCGGAUUUAUCAGAUACGGAAAGACGGAUACGACGUGAUUCAGAUAAAGGUGCUGCGAAACGCCUCAGGAAUGACAGUUUUGACAGGGAGCGGUUAGUCGAUGGAUUAGACUCUAUUAAAUGGGUACAGCGGCAACACUCAAACCGGAGUUUAUCUAGUUCAGGUUCACGGACAAAGUUCAAAGAUGGUGAUCUCAUGGAUUGUGAAAUAGCAGAUAAACACAGACCUCAUUUUGAUAAACCUCUGCUUAAACGAACUUCCAAACUCGAGGAAGGUUUAUUUGAAGAGCGAGGCCGUCCCAUGCAUGAACAUAGUCCACAAUUUAGCCCCGAUUCCGAAGACUCCAAUUACGAAGGCGAAUCGAUUCGCAGCCAGUCCAGUGUUGAUCUCACAAAACUACAAAAGGAAAAAUAUAAACUUAUGUUGAUGCUAAAGCAAUUAGACAAUGACGGAUGUGCGAGUACAAGUGACAAUGACUCUGGUGCUAUUGAUGAGGAGUUUAGGAGAGUGAAGAAAUGUAAACUGGAGGAUAUCGUGGAUUUAGACAGGGACCCUAGAUUACAAAGGUACGAUUCCAGCCAGAGUUACCGCAAACAACUGGAAACGCGUCGACAGAUGGAGGCGGAAGUUCGGCUGCUGAAGCAGCGGGCGGGUCGUCUCGACAAGACCGGGGCGUUCGAAGGGAUGUUUGACGAUAUCUGUGAUUCUGGAUCUGAUGGCUCCCCAUCCGAGUUCAUCAGUAAAAAACGGCCGAAAUUGGACGUUGGUCAGUCAAAUCGCACAAAGGAGGACAAUUUGGGUUUCAGUGGUGAUGAACCUGAUAAAAAACUGUUCAAGUCUCCUCGAGGCGAGAAUAGUAUGGACUAUGAAGAUGAGCGCCAUGUUCUCGAUAUGAAAGGUGAUAAAUAUUGGCCACAUCGGCAUCACCAAAGGGAACCACGAAGAGAAUUCAUGUCAUUACCUCUACCGAAAUUUGCACUCCAAGGCCACUAUGUGCAGUCGCCAAAAGUGUCUCCCAAACCUCCUGCAUCUCCGCGGAUAUCUUCUCCUCAGAUCUCACCAGUAGUUAAACUAUCGUCACCGCCAUUUAGUCCCCCUAGUGGUACUAAACUCCAUUCACCUCAAAUCUCGCCAGCACUGCCAAAAGUUGAACGAAUGCCUGAAGUGGAGCCUGUUCAGCCCAAGAAAGUCAAGCCAGAACCGAUCUCCAUCGAUAAGAUAAUUGGAAGUCCGAUAACGGAUGAUGAGAGUUCGUCACCAAAAUCGCCAGUGUCGCCAUCACAGAUGACUCUGGAGGAUCGGAUACGAGCUUUGGACGAGAAGAUCAUCCAAGCCAAGACUGUUCGCACUACAACGUCUUCCAAUUCUGUAGAGAAUGCUACCCCGGUACCAGUAAGCACACCACAACCCAUCGCACAACCGACGCCCCCUGUUAUAGAUUAUACAAAAAAGUACAAAAUCAAGAAGCGCCAAGACUCUACCACCACCCCACUGCCAGCCACAGCGCCUAAGAAUGGAGAUGAUAAGAAGGAGGGACCGUCAGACAUUGUGAAAUCAUUGCUGUCGCGGACGAGUAUAUUUGACCAAGAUUCGGAACGGUUACAAGGCAUCAAUGAGAAGUACGAACCAAAGGAAUCCAGUCCGGGCGACGGCUCUGACGAGGAGGCAGGGGAGGCUGGACCUGAUGGGAUGGAGCAGUCAGAAAAAGCUGAGGACGAUAAGGAGGAGGAUAUGGACACAAGCGAAGCAGGCACCACAUCAACAGUCAUUUCACAAGACACACAAACUGAACUACCAGUUUCAGCCUCUUUUUCGCAAUCACUUCAAUCAUCCAAUCCGCCAUCUACAGCUGAACCGCUCGCCAUACCACCUGAUCCUGCGGAGAUUCUUCGAUCGUUAUCCCAGGAUGAUGACAUUGUGCCAUCUUUUAUUGCCUCGACGCCACCAGUUGCUGUGGCAGCGCCACCUGUACCCAGCGAACAAAUCCCAACGACAGAUGUCAUCAUCCCUGUCGCCCAAUCACCAUUCAUGCCCAAAAGCAAGACGCCUUCACCCAUCCUGAGUAGUAUUGAGCCUAAACUAGAGAUGACAAGUCCACUGCCAAAUUUACAACGGUCUUCAAGUGGUGGAGAUCUUGGUCGAUUGGUUAAUGCUGAUCCCAGGUUAAAUUCUGAUCCCAGGCUCAACUCUGAUCCUCGACUCAAUGCAGAUCCCAGGUUGAAUGCUGAUCCCCGACUUGACAAGCAGGCGGUCUUGAAAAGGGAAUUGCCACUCUUCCAGACGCCAGCUUUACCAAAAAAGAUGGAACCAACAAUACCACCAAUGCCAACAUCGCCGAAGAUAUUGUCACCGCUAUUGAUUCCUCCAAAGAUGACCUCGCCAAAAUUGCCAUCGCCUGUUUUAACAUCUCCGAAAUUGUCGCCAUUACCAAAAGUGACAUCGCCAAUGGUUACAUCGCCAGUCGUUGCAUCACCUGUGCUUGUUUCUCCUUUGCGGAAGGAACCGUUCCAGCCUGUCUCAAUCCUGAAGAAAGACUCCUCCAGAGAACUCGAGAAAAACAACAUUCCAAAAAACGAACCAAAGUCGAUGUCUUCAACGGAUUUGCAUGUGACUACUCCAACGACGCCACCUGUGGGAAUAUUGGUGAACAAUAAACAUGAUAAAAGUCACAGUAUCGUACCAGAGGUGAAGAACAAUAAACCAGAUCCAAGAAUUGAAGUUAUCAAGGAACUGAAACCCAUCCUGAAAGAAUCGAAACCUGAAUUAAAGGAACAAAAGACUGAAGCCAAGUCUGACAAUAAGAAGGAAACUGCCCCAAUGAACACACCCAGCCAUGGUACGCCCACCUUACUUGGUAAACGCAAAAAUGAAGAUGUUCUCAAGGAAAGCCCGAAGCCAAAGUCUCAAAAAACUGACCAAAAGUCUCAAGCUUCUUCAUCGAAAUCUGAAUCUGACGUAAAAAAGAAGUCUCACUCAGAGAAACCCAACGAGAAGAAGGAACGACCAUUAUCAGUUUCGUCAAAAUCAUCUAGUAAGUCAUCGAGCAGCCAGAAGCAGUCAAAGUCGCCCGAGAAAAAGGUCAAGACCGGUUCAUCUAGUUCAUCGUCAUCGUCUUCAUCUUCGACGACAAACAAAAAGGAGGAGAAGAAAACUGAUGUGAAAGAGAACCAGAAGUCCCACGAAAAACCAUCGAAGUCCGACUCGAAACAUGACCUGCAUAAAGGCGAUCAGAAGGAGACGAAAAACCAUGACAAAACUUCCUCCGAGAAAGACACAAGAGUGGAAAAGGAGCGAAGUAAGAACGACUCCAGUGAGAAAGAUACAAAACACACGAAGUCUGAUAAACAUAUAAACGGAGAAAAAGAUAAGGAAUCCAAAGCAUCCAAUCACAGCGGUUCUGACAAAACCAAAAGCCAUAGCUCGAAGACUGAUGAAACCGAUAAAAAGUUGAAGGCCAAGAGUUCCAGUUCGAGUAAGAUUAAAAUCGAUCGUAGCGAGAGUCGUGAACGGAUGGAAGGCAAGGACGUCAAGAAGGAAGGAAAGGUGAACAAGACAGAGAAACGACCUGAGGUAAAACAUAGUCUCAAGGUCAAAGAUGAAAAGAAAGAGGACUCCAAAGUCAAAGAAGUGAAAAAAGAGGACUCCAAGGCCAGAGAUGAGAAAAAGGAAGACUCGAAGGUCAAAGAGGAGAAAGAGGUCAAGGAAGAGAAGGACGUCAAGGUCAAAGAUGACAAGGAGGUCAAAGUCAAAGAUGAAAAGGUGAAGGAGCGAGAGGGUUCAAAAGAGAGACAUGAUGUAAAGGAGAACAUGAAGGAAAAGAAAGUUAGUAAGGAACAGAAGGCCAAACAUGUCGAGAAACCAAAGUUGGGGAAAGUGAAAGAAGAAGCAAAAAAGGAAGAAAAGAAGGACUCUGCUAAGAAUAAGAAAGACAAGCACGAUAAAAGUGAUGAGAAGUCGAAGAAUAAUAAAGAUAAGGAUAAAGAUGAGAAGGGUAAAGAUAAAGAUAAGAAUGGAGAUAAAUCUUCCAAGGACAAAGAUGACAAGAGGGAUAAGGGAGAUCCUAAUGAUGGAGGUGGGGGAAGGAAGAGAGACGACCGACCAAGAGAUCCUGAUGAGCGAGGAAAAGAUCGCGAUGACUCGUCCAAGUCAAAGGAUCAAGCGAAUGAUGACAGGUCAAAAACACAGAAUAAAAAGAAGGGGAAGGAUGCCAAAGACUCGCUUGGUAAAGACCGGGAUCGUGAUCAGGACCGGGAUCGAGACCGAGAGAGGGAGCGGAAAGACAGUGAGGCUGAGCAGCGUGAGCAGAAGCGCCGCGAGAGGAAGUGGAAUGCUGAGCUGAAAAAUCUUGGCAUCUUUGAUGAGCCUGUGUUCACAUCGAUGUAUGAUAAUAUCAAACGGCGAUCGUGUACCAUCCCAAAAGAUCAGGACAUAUUGGAUAAGAUGAAGAAGAAGAGGUUGAAGAAAGGCAGUCAUUUCAAUAGCGACAGCAGCGUGGGAACGUCUGACGAUGAUGAUGAUUGGUCGGACGAUUCAGACAUUGAGAAUUGCAACAAACGAAAGAUGUCACUUACCAAGUCGGCGAAAAAGAACUCACGACGGGCAUUGAUUACAAGUUCAUCUGAUGAUGAUGAUGAUUACUUUAUCAAAAAGGAGGCUGAACAGAUGAAGAAGAAGAAGAGCCAUAUUCGGAUGGAGAUCUACUCGUCGUCUGAGUCUGACUUGGAGCGGUCGGUACGAGAACCUGUCGAUAAGGUGGAGCCUGAACUAGAAAGACCCAAAGUUGUCCAUAAUAAGAAGCCGAAAAUCUACCCUGACAAACCGAAACCAAAGCUACCUGAAAAGUCCAAGAAGUCAGAUGAGAAAAAGAAACCUGCUCCUAAGAAGAUGAGUUCGAAGUUAGAUUUUCUGUCGACGUCUGAGUCUGAGGUGGAGAAGCCGAAACCUAAGAUGGAGAAAAAGAAUGAGAUAAAGGAAAAGAAGAUAGUCAAGAAACCAUCAAAGCUUGACAUUUAUACAAGCUCGGAUUCUGAUGAUGAAAAGGCAGCCAGCAAAUCUAAACCCAAGACACCGUCUAAGAAGAUUGUGCCAAAGAAACCGCUUGGGAAGUUGGAGGAGCUCUGGCAGGGUUUGUCCAGUUCAGAUUCUGAUAUCGAGAUACCUAAGCCAAAACCUGAGAAACCAAAGGUGAUCAAUUGUACGAAAGUAAAUGCGGUACCACCGAUGGAGAGUUUAGAGGAGAGUUUGAGAAAGAAAGCGAAGAAGAAACCAAAGAAGGAUAUGGUUGAGGAGACACUUGUCCAUCUGGAGAAUCAGAAAAAGAGCAAGGAGAUUCGUGAGAAUAGCAAAAACAGUUCCAAAACGAAAGAAAAGCAUGAAACCAAGAAGGACACUGAGAGUAAGAAGAUUGAGAAGAAUGACCACUUGAUUCAUGCGGAUGCUGAGUUAUUGAGAAAGAAGAAGCUCAAGGAAUCGAGUAAGAAAACAGAGUCACCGCUCAAGGCACCUGAUACGACCGAAAUCAGAGUCAAUCAUAAGGACAAGCUUUCACCAAGAGAAACAAGCCCAGAGAAAAAGGCGUCUAUAGAAUCGCCGAAGAUCAGUUCUAAAGAUUCCUCCAAAUUCAGCACCAAACCAUUUUCGGAGAACUUCAAAAUUGACAAGAUCCAUGACAAGUACAGUGAUCAUAGAAUACACGACUCAAACUUGAGGAAGGAAAGUCUGCAGUCGCCAAAGGACUUCAAACACAUCAAAGCCGACUUGGAAAGCGUCAUCAGGGACAAGAAGCUGGAAAGGGAUAGAGAAAUCGAAGAGUUUCUUGAAGGUCAUGAAAAGAAAUCAAAGAAACAUAAGAAAAAGAGUAAAGUGCGUUCGGAAAGCUGGGAGCGAAGUGAGAGCAAGUCCAAACUUGCCAACUUCAACAAGGAUAUCUCUGCACUUGAUGCGCUAGCCAAUAUGGAGAAAUCCAUCAAGGUGGGGACAGUUGAGCAAUUGGAAACGAAAGACCUCGGCCCUUUACAUAUCGAUAUUCCACGACCAGAUAUGCCUUUUUUAUCGGAAAAGCCCGUGCUUCCUGACCAGCACAAGAAGCAUGGGAAAAGUCACUCACAAAGUGGAGAUCGCCACCGGUUGCUGUCGCCGAAAGUGGAUGAUAUCAAACGGGAGGAUGGUGUCUCGAGUAUUGAAGAGGAGUUACCAGUGACGGAGAUCGGCGAGACAACGGUCAUCACAUCAGAGUUAGAGGAUAUCAGUAUAUCUAGCGAUAUGUUUCAAAAAGACAUCACAGCUUCAGAUAAAGAUUAUUCUCGUGGUAUUGUUUUUGACAGUACCGUGGAGAAGAUCGAUCUGAAUGAUAAAUACCGCAAACAUAAGAAAAAGAAGCACGGAAAGAAAUCCAAACAUGACAAGGAGAACAAGCGUGACAUUGAAAAUAUCUUCGACAUCAGAGAUCCGUUUGUGUCGGAGGAAAACGCACAACACGGUAUUGAGCCACGGCAGGAGACAGUCGUUGAGGAACGCGUGGAGGAGAGCUUUAUCCCUGGCAUGGAGGAUACGGAGGAGAGCCUACCCGAUUUGGUCAUUGAGGAAGCUGGUGCAUACGAGCAGGAGAUAACGUCGGAAGAAACGAAAAUUGUCCAUCCUGAAGAAGUGGUGGUCUCGACUGAGAAUGAUCUGAAGCAACAUGUUGCUGAAUCGAAAGAUUCUGAGUCGCGCACUAUUGAUCAGCUGAAGAGCAUUACAGUGGAGGAAACUGAGGAAGCGGCUAAGAUGCUGGAGGAACUAUUUGUCAAGAAAGACGAUGAGGUACCGAUACAGAUCCACACGCUAAAUGAGCCUGAGGAGAGCAAUAGCAUAAAGGAGGAGGUCGUCCUGGCCGAGGAGACCAAAGAUUUAACACCCGAAAGGAGCUCUGCAUUAGAUGAGGAGCUGCAAGCAGCUAUUGCUUCCUUGGACCAGGAGUAUAUUGAUGUGCCAGUCGCACAGAUCGAAGUCCCUCUCUUUGAUCGCCAAGACCACUUACCAUCAUCAGAGCGUGUGGAAACUAAAGCUGCAUCCGAUGCUCUACUCGAUAAGAAAAUUGAGGUAGUCGCUUCGAAGGAGCAACCCCAUGAAGUUCCUGUUACCCCAGAGAAAGUCAUCGCGAAGCCAGCAAUGCUCACUCCUGAGAGUGAGAAGCAUGCUGCUGUGGCAAGUAUCAUCAGCCCCAUUGCAAACACUGCCUUGCCCGUAGCGAGCGUUGGCACCCACGCUGUAAGCACCGCCGCCCCGGCUGUGGACCAUGACUUGGGUGAUGAACAUGAACUGCACAUUGACGCAGAGGUCGGCACUCCGAAACGAGGACGCAAGAAAGCUAAGGGAGGCAAGAGAGGUCGACGUGAUUCAGGCAGACGCAGCAUCAGCAGAGAUGACGCAGUUCCAGAAACACCAGAUUCUGCUGCACAUGGUGAAACUCUUGCUGAACCACUACCCCUUGACACUUCUUUCAUCGUAGAUGAAGAAACAGUUGAGCCACAAAAAUGUGAGGAACCGUCUGAGGCGUUGGAUCGUAGACCGCCAGUUAUUGCCCCGGUGGAGCCUCAGAUUGAGACUAAUAACACUGGUGCACCACCUAACCUCGAGGAAGAAGAAUUCGUCGAACAUGUUGAACCUACAGUGGCACGCGCUCCUGGUUUACACUCUCUGCCAGCAGUGGCGCCACAGCCAGAAAAACGUGAAACGAGACGUCGCGGGAAACGAGGACGUUCUAGUAGUGGUCGUAAGGAGAACCAAGGCUUCAUACCAGUGGAGCCUGCAUCCGCCAAUCAACUUCCUGAUCCAGGUGGUGUUCCAAGUGAGAUCUACCCGCCUAGGGAAAAACUGGAGGUAGCUGACUCCUUUGAGAAGAAAGAUGAGGAGAAGAUGGAACUGGAGUUGUCUCUUGCCCUUGAGUCCAGUAACGAUGGUAGUUCCUGUUCAGAACGGGACAGCCCAAGAGGUCGCAAAAGUCCUGGUCGUUUUGGCGCCAAUACACCACCAUUUGUGUCUGAUAUCAAGUCAAGACUACGACCAGAAAAUAAACGCAGGAAAUCGAGACGGAUUGGUUUCUUUGACAAAGAACAAAAGCAGACGGAAGCGUCAGCCAAGGAGAAAGAGCGGGAGCAGAAAAUGAGCGAGUAUGAUUUCAAGGAUGAUGACAUGUUUGAGAGAGACGGGCCACCAGAUCGAGGGAGGUUUGGUCGGCGAAGUUUAGAGGAACCUCAGCCACUACUGCCACCCCCACCACUCCUGCCAUCACAGAAGAUGGAAAAGCCACCCAAGCCCAUUGAUAUUCCAAAGACACCGGAAAAAGAAGAUGUUAAGCUUCCUGAACAGGACACACCUGCUGAGCUCAAACUCAACAAAGAUGGGAUUGGAAGCCCUGAGAUGCCAGUCAAAGGUGCUAGGAGGGGCAGACGGUCGAAGUCUAGAAGAGGUACAGAUGGUGGGACUUCUCCGAGAGGAGCCACUGCAGCUGAACCAGUAUCUGUGCAAUUGGCACCAGCACUGCCACAAGAGACCAAAGCUGCAGAAAUACCAUCCACUCCUGUGGUGAAGUUAGAAAAGCUGCAGAUUGUUGAGGAGAAGCUCCGGAAAGAUGAGACGAAUAAAUUGGUGAAAGAUGAAACUGCCAAGACGAGUACAGAGGAAGAGCAGGAGUCUGCACCGAUGUCUGAUCUUGUGAUAGAGGAAAAAGAGAAACAUACCAUUGAAGAGACAGAGAAGGAGAAGCUUGAAGUGAAGGAGCGGUCAGAGCAGGUGCAACCUGUGGACAAAAAAGAACAGUUAUUAGUUCCGCCAUUGGUACUACAGUUGCCACCUGGUACGAGUGAGAAAUCACGUAAAAAUCGUGGUCGACGGAAGAGGCAUGAACACUCGCAUUCUCACGAGUCUCGCAAGUCUCAUGGGGAUGAAGCUGGUGAUGCAAAUGAGUUCCGUGAUGAAGGUGAGAAUGAUGCGAAUCAGUUGCAGGCUGAGCUUCUAUCGAUGGCCGCGCGUGCUGCUUCAGAAGCAGAAGAGGAGGCGAGACCAGAGGACACUGUCGCUGCAAUCGUGGCAAGGUUGGAGGAGAAGGAAGAAGGCAUUCCGAAACUCAAAGUAAAACUGCCAGUCGAGGACAAAAAACUCAAAGAAAAAGAAAAGCUGGAGUCCAUUGCUCCUAUUCCGAUCUCGAUGUCGUCACCCAUGCAGAACCAGGAGGAGGAUGACGAUAGUCUUUCACAGACAAUACGGGAAACACUGGCGCAACCGGACACUGAGUUAUUCGAAUCUGAAGAGGAGGAUGACCUUGAGAAGCAAGCGAAGGAGGAACUGAUUGCCAUGGAGCUGGAGGAAUCUGGAUCGUUCGACAAGAAACUUGUAGAGCGCAAACGCACGAGUAGUGAGAGUUCAUUGUCAUUCGAUUUCCAGAGCAACAUCGAUAAGAUCAUCAAUGAAGUUGCCAGGGGGAACUUUGACGAGAGUUCUAUUGAAGAUGACCCCUCUGCCCCGCCUAGGAGACGAGGUUCGCGCUCGGGAAGCAAGACACAGGAGUCGCCGAGUCAUUCAAUGGCGAGCAUGCUGCCAGAGCGAUCACCGACCAUGACGUCUGCCCCUUCUGCAGUCCUAUCAAUGGGUGGCAUCCCUCCACAGAACCCACUGAUGGCAAUGCAGCAGGUCAACUAUCCAGGCAUGGAUGGCGAGCGUCAACAAAGACGGACGUCGCACAGCGAGGGAUCUAGUAAGACCCCAGACAACAUGCCACACACCAUGGGACCUCCGCCUUAUCCACCCACUCAGUACCACCAAGACGGUCGCCAGGAUAUGAUGGGUCGUUCUCAUUACCAGGGACCCUACUCCGGACCACCAUCAUCCAGUGCCACUGCACCAGUGUCAGAGAAGAGCAUCGUCUCGCCCAUCACCCCAUCGACUCCAACCUCUGGCGGGCAUUUUAAUGCGCAGAUACCUUAUCAAGAAGCUGCUAAGUCUCAUGCACCCGGCCAGCCAGCGGCUAUGAGGUCACCAAUAGAAGGAACUGGUCAGCAUCCACCUGUUGCGCAGCCCUUCCCACGACCUGAUGAGAUCUCAAAGCUACAAGGUUAUGCCCUCCAUGGUUUACAGGACCAGCGUAGUAAGUCUCCACCUGGCAGUCGUAAUCCGUACCUUGUCCAUGGCCAUGAGCGAGGGAUGCCGGGAAUGCAUGAACGCCACCCCACCGACCAGGAACGUGACCAUCCACCAGUUGAUCGGCGCACGCCACAAGGACAAACACUGCAACCACCAAUGCACCGAUUACCUUCGACGUCGCAGGGCUAUCCACAUCCCCAACAAAACGUGUUCCAGUUCCAACAAGAUAGGAUGCAGGUGCCACCGAGCCACAUGGAGAAGCAUGCCAUGUCUUCAAAAUCACCUACUGGUCAUCUCCAAGAUCGAAUGAUGCCGUCGCAUGCCUCUGGCAAACACCUCCCGGAACAUCAGUCCAAGUCACCAUCAGGGAAGAUGUCUCCUCGCUCAGCCAGUGUCCAUAUGGGCGUUGUUUCCGGUCAACCGUAUACCAUCGCCCAAAGAGAAGCCCUCCAAGCAGGCCAGGUGAGAUCUCCCUUUCCUACAAAGGUGAUUGAGCGAGUGCCUAACCCUAAUAUGGCUGGUGAGAUGGAGCGCGAUGCUAACAAAAUGCAUAGUCCAAAAGGUCACCUACAAGUCGUCACAAAUGAUCUAGGGAUGAAGUCUUCGCCGUUGCCAUCACCGAACCAUCCACAGAUGGUUGCGGGCGGUCUGCCGCAGAAACCUGGACCGAGCGAACUCAGGGCAAUGUUGAAUCAACCAUCCAGAAUCGGCCCGCAACAGAUGCCAAUGCCGGGUAUACCUGGGCAGUUACGUCCACCAGGCAACAACUCUGGACCUCGACUCUCGCCACAUGGUACAGGACAUGGUCAGCAUCGUAUGCCCGUCACUAUCCAGGAACCAAGGACAUCACGUGCCGAGCCGAAAGGACCUCACGAUCCACACCACUCACCCCUUGGUAACGAGCCGCAGAAACAUACAGACGGUCCUUAUCCUGAUGUGUCGGCAUUCUCGCAGCCAAACGCGCUUGUCAGCCACGCUGAUUCACGCAUGGCGCAUCAAGAGCCACGCAUGACUCAUCCAGAACAUCUCCCGCAACAGUUCUAUCAUCAUCCUGAGUUUGGGCUUCCACAUCCCGGCAUGCCGUAUGGAUUGGGCGUUCCACCGAGGGUUGGUCUGGAUCCACGCGUCAUGACCUUGCCAGGACCGCACGGGGAAUACCUAACACAAGGACCCAAUCUUGUGGCCAGUAUGAUGCACCAUCAGCCCUAUGUUGGCCAACAUGGCGGCCGUAUGACACCAGAUUCACGUCCUCCAUCUCGGCCAUUGUCGGCUCACCAACCUCAGCCGCCAACCACGCACCCAGGAACAUCUGUUCACAGUCAGGUCGUGCCUGUUCGAGCCCAGCUUGGUUUACCUGGACGUCCAGAGGACAUGCCUCCAGGAGAGAACCUGGUCGUUCUCAUGUCGAAAUACCCUGUGAUGUGGCAGGGCAAUCUUGGCCUGAAGAACGACAGUUCAAACGUGCAGAUGCACUUUGUCUCUGGAAACAGCUCGCUCGUCAAGCAGUCGAUGCCGCGGCCGAGUCAUGAGCCUCCACAGCUCCGCAUCGCUCAGAGGAUGAGGCUGGAACCGACGCAGCUAGAUGGUGUUGCCCGUAGGAUGCAGAAUGAUGAAGAUUACUGCAUGCUGCUUGCGCUGCCCUGUGGGCGGGACCACACAGACGUCUUCUUACAGACGAAGAACUUGACCUCUGGAUUCAUCCAGUAUCUGCAGCAGAAAGGGGCGGCGGGCAUAGUCAAUAUGCCCUCUCCUGGCUCGACACAGACGGCCUACGUGGUGCAUAUCUUCCCACCCUGCGAGUUCUCACAGACGAAUCUCCAUCGCUUGGCGCCGGACCUCUUGCAAAGCCUCAUGGGAGUGACUGAGAUCGCACACCUGCUGAUCAUCAUUGCGACCGUCUAGAUGAGGUUUCAAACAGGUGCUGCCUGUCCGUGGGUUUGGAAUGUACGUUGGCACUUCAGUUAUGCUUGGAUGUUGGCCCCCAUUGUUGAGGGCGGUCCAUUCAGAGUCACAGAGCCACCUAUCUGUGAUUACUGGGAUCAAUUGACUGCGGAUUCGUUCUACCGGAUUAGACAAUCUACCGAACUUGUCAAAGACAUUUUUGCAUUCUACCGAAAUGAGACAUUUUAUGUAAACCCGAACUUGACAUUGACACUUCUUUCAAUUACUUUCAUGAAGAGAGUAUAAGCCUGUUAGUAAUUCCAUAUUGAUUUUGACUUGCUGUAAAUCGGUUUUCAGCCACAUGAGAACGUCUGCUAAAGUGAUGUUACCGUCUGUUGGGUGGGAGGGUGGCAGACAGAUACAUACCUUUAGCACGCGUUUUUUGACAAACUCUGUUGAACUGUUUCACGUUGACAUGUGUUGUUGAAGCAGUUGACACACAAGUUGACAGGAUCACCUUUUGCAGACUUCUACUGAUAUAUCCACAUUUAGUGGACUUUACCAAGGUUAUCAUAUUUUCCAAGAUACUGGUAUGGAUUCUACCAAAAUUGUCGUCAAUUAUUGCUUCAGGCCAUAUGUUAUAAGUUUAAUGCUUAACAAGACAGCUGCCUUAAAAAUGUUGGCUGGGGGAGUUUAAAUUGUAAUAAAAAGGAGUAAUGAGUAAAUAAAAAAAGAGAAGUUUUCCUGAAGAACUGAAUGAAACUUUCAAUUUCAUUCAUGAAUUGACCAAAUUGUUUACGAUUAUUUUCGAUUGUGCUAUUACUGAAAAAGUGUGCUUUGCAUCUUAAUGUGGUGACUUUCUUGCCAUGGAACAAAGGUUUAUUCCACCAGAAUUGCCUGGAGAAAUCUACGAGAAAUCCAACAGGUCUUUGCGGAGAAGCUAUUCUUGGUAAAACCUUGUCACAGUGCAACUGUUUCUGGGCGAGUUGCACAGUUUUCAUUUCAUUAUUCAUAAAUCAUUAACAUAAACUUGCACGAUGAUUCAGGUGGUCCUAAUGCCACCGCCAUAUCAUAUAACAUUUGUAUAUAGCUCACGGGUUGAUUGUGGGAAGUGGGUUUAGUUAACCCACCCAGAACCAAGCACAAGAGAGCCACAGGGUAAACAGACCAGGGUGGUACCACCCUGAGAAAUUGCAUUUUGUCCAAUUUGCUGUAGUGUUGGUUGUCCUUGACACUUUGAAAUCCCUCGAGUGCUUUUCCAAGCUUCACUAGAAUUGGAACUAAAAUUUCAUCAAAAAGUUGUUGUGAGUUAAACCUAGUUUUCACACAUUUUCCGAUUUGAAUUGAUUCGUCAAUUGUCACCAGUUUCGGUAUACCUCAGUGGGAGAGAUUGUGUGUGAAGUGUAGAUGGAACUUUAACUGAAAACACUUGCAAACUUCAUCUCGGGAUUAUGAGGUGUCAGAUUGGGUGUUUCACUUGACUAGAACUAACGUCACUGUGCAUUAUAUACACACUAUGCACAGAGGUGUUGGCUUUAGUUUAGUGGAACAUACAUUGAACAAGCAGGUUACCUGUGCUGUUGUACAUUCAGUUCAUAUAGAGUUCAGGGCUCAGAUUAUUUUUGUAACUUAUAAAUCAUUUGAAAGUUUUGAAAAGGAGUCCAUCAACUCUUGUUUUUUUGAUUGCCUAGCUGUUUAAGGACUGACAAGGACAUCAGGGCCUGGUUGUGAAAAGCAACUUUUGUCACUAAUGUUUGGUGUUAACGUAGUGUUAUCUCCUUCAGUUUAACCCUCAGACUAAACACCAAGUUGAUGACAAAACUUGCUUUGAACAACUAGGCCCUGUUCUCACGAGUGGGUCAUUGAUAUUGACCCAGUCAUUCUGUUUGAAGCUCUCAAUGAGCUUUCUCAUGCUGCCAUUUCUGUCAUAAUUGGGACAACUUGAGGCCAACUCUGAAAUCUUCUUUAUAAUGUCUGUCCUCCUUAAGGGGUUAAGGGUAAUCUUCAUUUCAUCAUCACAGUAAGACUUCUAAGGCAGCAGGCGACUAGGUCUCUGAUGUAAAUAAACCAUUUUCUAUUAUAUAAUAUCAUAGUAAUUUAUUGUUUACGUAACUUACGCAGACACGAAACCUAUGGUGUGCAGGUGAAAUAACAUUGUUUUAAAAUGUGUACCAUGUGUGUAUAAAGCAAAAUCAAAUAGAUGAAAUAGUGUAGUUUGGUGAGUUGUACGAACAUCCAAGUUAUGAUGACAUCAGUUUUGAAGAGGCCGCCAAUCAACUUAGUUGUGGACCGCGUCUUCAAAGUUGAUGUUAGUAUGAUUUGUGUCUGCAUCCGGCGUUAGCUGCCAGUGUGAGACUGGUGUGUUUUCUAGUUUUAGGAAACUGAGUAAUUUUUGUAAGAUUUGUUUUUCGAACCGCUGCCAUUUUAUUUUCUUAAGGCCGUACGCUAUUGAGGCAUUUUUGUACAAAGCAGACAAUGUGAAGACCGUGUAUAUAACUGUGUAUAUAGUAGAGAGCUGUGGCCUGUGGUCGUUUUUGUCUAUAUGGUAAAUAAUGGCAGUUUUGUCUCUCCCACAUAUGUGUGGCCCAUUCACCAAACACGUAAAUGUCAUAGACUUUGGAAUUUGGUAGAACUUACCAGAGGCCAACAUGUUGCUGAGUGGGUCGAUAUAGUCUGCUCAAGUGACUAAGUACUGUUGGUUAGGCUAGUGUCGGGAGGCAUCCAUACUUCUCUGGAUUCUUGAGAUGCAGGUGAUGACUGUACAGUCAUUCUUUUAUGCCUGUAUCGGGUUAGCUCUGCCCAAUUCCACCCUCAGUGUGUAAAUAUGAGUACAUGUACGUACUGUGACUGUGCAUCUUAGUGUGUCAGCUACUUGCUUUUUUCGUGAGAACUCUCAGGCAGAAUAAGUGGUCUGAGUUCCAUGUUAUGUUUGUCAAGGCGUGAUAAGUUGUUUUGUUUGAAAACUGCCACGUAAGAAUUCUCAAGUUGCUGGCAGAACCUGAGCAACUUUGUACAUUUAUCGUUGUAACUUAUGCUUAUUUAGUUUUUCUGAGUUUUGUUAGUUGUUUUUUGGAGGCUGCGGUUGCAGAUUUGAUCACUAGUGUCUUGUCUUCCCACCUACUAGAGAAUUCUCACCUUCAUUUUCUUGUUGAUUUGUUCAUGUCUUGUUUGAGUUACACUUGACUUCCACUUGAAUAUCAAAUCCUAGCUAUUACGCUCAACAAAGAUGGGAAAGGAAUCUUGGAUAGUUCAAUUCCAUAGAUGAUAGCAUCAAAUUUGUUGAAUUUCAAAAGUGAAACUGUAAAAUUGUGAUAAGAUAUCAUCAUCAUUAGACUGGAUUCAGUUCUUUAAAAAAUCAGUAAGAUUUUGUUCGAUUGUGCUGCUAGUUUAAUACGAGCCAAGUCAAAUUCAACUCACUAAAACCCGUGUCGAAAUUGAGCUAAACAUGUUUGUCCCUGUUGAGUUUCGUCUUGUUGCUGUGAUGUCGUCGUCUCACCCGAGAUAGCGUCGCUCUUGAGAAUUCUUACGCCGCUGAUGUGUAAAAAUCUGACCAUGGUUAAAUCGCGUUAACUUGUUAUGAUGGCAGUGUGCCAAGUUUAUAGUUGGCUUCUGACCUGUGGCGUAUUUUUUUCAUGUAUAUCAAACUAUGCGCUGCCAGGUGUUGAAUAGACAGAAAUCUAUUUUGAAUUAUCGAAUCCAAGAUGUACAUGUUUUGGUGGAUUUUGUAGAAAUAAAUAUUGUGUAUAAAUGGAGUCAAAGCAUCAUUUUAAAUAGAAAAUAAAAGGGGAACAGACUUUCAGUAUAA